AUGGUCUCCAGCAGUAGAGUUGCUCCAUGGUGUGCUCAGAACACCAAUAUCAUGUCUUUAUUCCUCAAUGGUAUUAAAAAGAUUAGCCCUGUAAGAAUGUCCUCAGGUUCUCGGCCGCCGGUGGGAGAGGAUCGGGAAGCAAAGCCAAAGGGAAUAAGACGUGUUUUGCACCACCGCCGCCUCCACCCGUCUGUGCUGCCGCCGCACAUCAGCCACCGGGAGGACUGUCGUACGAGCAGCGGAGAGCUCGGCAGCUCAGAGCACUGCCCCCCGGUGUCCGAGAUGGUGCUCGAUCGCGGCCCCCCAACCCUGCCAGCCGCUCCAAAAAGCAGGAAGCCGGACAAGUCCAAAACCCUUCAGAAGGAGACGGAGAAAAACGGGCUCCUGCCCAAGGCGAGCGCGGCCGGGCAACAGCCCCCCGGGAGCUCGCGGCAGACCACCCCGGUGGGGCGGGACGCGGGGGGCACGGGCUGCAGGGCCAAGGUCAGCCGGCCGCUCAGUAACGGGCACAGCGGCUGGAUGAGGAGGACUGAAAGCUCCUGCAGCGUGAACAGCACGGGAUCAGCCUGCUUCCGGAGCGGGAUCCGCAAUGCCACCUCCCUCCCUCACAUCCCCAGGAACUGCGGCACGAGGACACCCCCCGCCUUCAAGAGCCCCUGCCUGCUGGUGGCCCUCAGACCAGCCAACGUGGAGGAGGAAAAAGAACGAUUCUUCAAAUCCAACUUCACCUACGACCCUCAGUUUGAGUACGUGGAAUCCAACGCCAGCAGCAUGGUGGUGAGGUACAGUGUGGCCUCCGACCGCUUUAUCAACCAGGCCGUGCGGAUCUUGCAGUGCGCCCUGAAGCAAUACGGCAGCUACGAGAACUUUGAGGUUGCCACAGGAGGGAGUGUGCUAGCCAAAAGCAAAAUCUGGGCCAGUAUCAGGAAGUACAUGCAGAAGGAAGGAUGUGCAGGAGAGGUGGUGGUGCGUCUCAGUGAUGACCUGUUGUCCCAGGCAGUGAUGAUGGUGGAAAAUAGCCGGCCGACUCUCACCAUUAACCUUGGGGGGGCCCGUCAGUACUGGCUGGAGGGGAUGCUGCGCCACGAGAUAGGGACACAUUACAUUCGAGGUGCCAACAACCAGAGGCAGCCCUGGUGUGGCGCGGUGGGCAGGAAACAUGGGCUCAAACCAGCUAAUCCCACGGAGGAGGGGCUGGCCAGCCUGCACAGUGUCCUGUUCCGCAAGUUCCCCUUCCUGUGGAGAGCGGCCCUGCUCUACUACACGGUCCUGCAGGCCAGUCAAAUGACCUUCUGCCAACUGUUCCACGACAUCGUGAGGUUCGUGGAGGAUCCCAACACCCGCUGGGAGUACUGCGUCCGAGCCAAGAGAGGCCAGACCGACACUUCGCAACCAGGCUGCUUCAGCAAAGACCAGGUGUAUCUGGACGGUGUGUUGAUGCUUCUCCGAUACAGGAAGACAAUUGACUUCAAGCUGCUGAUGGCUCUGGGCAAGGUCUCCUUUGAGGACGUGGAUGAGCUGAAGAAACACGCUGUUCUGGAUCGCACGCGGAUCCCACAUUUCAUGCAGGAUCAGGAGCGUUACCUCGCGCAACUGGACCACAUCAGAGCGGUCAACGGCCUGACGGACGAGGAACUGGCAGAGCUCAUUCCGGAAUAAUACCAUGUCAGCCCAGGGGCUCGGGAGGGGGAAGCUCAUAUUCUCUUUAUUUUCCAAAACUGUGGAGGUUUUUAAAAAACAAGAGAUGUUCUGUGUUGCUGCGAUGUCACAAAACACACCCAAAGGCACUGAGGCCUUAACUCUGUGCAGCUGCCCUCCGUGGACACUAGGAUAGGGCGAUUUGUUAAUCCCAGGCCAAGCCUGAGCCUCCGUUUCACUCCCUUGCCUCUCCCGUGUGCCAAACAACCUCCUCGCACUUGUUUCACCCCGUAAUGUUAUUUACAAAGACAUGGCUUUCAAGAUAUUUGAAUUUGCUCCUGAAGGAGAUGGGGAGAGACAUUGUGUGGCCUUAACUCAGGGCUUCCCACAGGCUGAGUCUGUAACAGACCCAGAUUUAUGAAUGACUGGGGCAUAUAGGUGAUGGGCGUGGGGUAGUGUUCCUCUGGCAUGUUAGUGCAUGGCCCCUUCUCUUUAGAAUUAUACUCCAGCGCACAUCUGGUGACAGCAAAGCCAGCCUGGCUCAGUGGCAGGACUUGGAAGGGCAGACCAAUCCCUUGGGUAGGUGCUCUUCUCACUCAGUUCCCAUUAACCCUGCAAGCCAAAGCCCUAAUCGGUAGGGUGGUCCG